ACUGAACCACGGCUAUAGAUAAUUAUAACAGAAAUAACAGCAUAAUUUUGUUAUUUCAUAACCCGCAGCAGAAUAAUAUCUGGAGAAUUUCGAURCAUGAAAAUCAAAUUAUUAGUUAUAAAUAAAUGUUUAUAAAUUUAUAAUCAUAUUUUUUGAUCUUCGGUCAUUCGUCUUAUCGUCUCGAUUGUCUUAUCAAAUUAGUCGUCUCUCGUUCACGGUUCACUGUCUCACUGGUCGUCAGUCGUGAAUAUAUAUUGUAUUGUAAAUUGUUAAAACUCUAGUCGACUACCUGCAUGUUAUUAUUCUCGUUUUAUGUGUAAUAUAAUUGAUUUUAAUUAUUAGUAAUUUUUUAUUCAUUAUUGUGACGGCAUAUUUUGUUGAGGUAUCCAGCUUUUAUCAGGAUUUGACACGAUUUGAAAUCGAUUAUUUUUUUCAACUGAUAACCUACACUAAUAUGUUCGUUGUGACCGUACUCGACCACCAAUUACUUAAACCGGAAUUAUAAAUGCUUAUGGAUCAACAACGAAUUUCAUAUUUUUAUCAAGACCUGAUUAGUUGUUGUACCACCUACUUGUACGAGUAGUUAUCAAGAAGAAGUCUAUGCCAUUCCCCCCACCGCCCCCCACCAAAAAAAAAAGUUUGCAACAUAGUUUGGUUAUAUGGAAAUGCUAUCAAAUGGAUAUAGAUGUAUCAAAAAAUGUACCAAAGCAUUAAAGCAAUCCUUAUUUGAUUGGAUUCUUCAUAAAUUUAACAGUUUAUUGACCAGAACAAUGAGUGACAUCCCAACAGCAUCUACAUCGACAGCAUCAACAUCAUCAGCUUCAACGUCACAAACCAUGCCAUAUACUUUUGACAAUCAGUGUCCACUACGAGAUUUAGAUUAUACAACAACAGAUGAAUCAGACAUUUCAUCUGAUGAAUCAGAAAUAAUUGAUGAUGAAUUGAAUUACUCAAAUCAUAUAUGCAAGCUGGAUCCAAUAAUUGACGAUAACAUGGACGAUACGUCAUGGUCGUCUACAGCAUCAUCCAAUACAUCAUAUGGAGAUAAAUCAAGUUCUGAAAAUUCUGAAACAGAAUCAAUUUUAAAAGAGUUGAUUAGAGAGAGCUGGACUCUUGAUAAAUCAACUACUAAUCAAGAUAAUYCAGAAAGUUUUAUAUCACCAAUACUCAUAUUAGUUCAGCAACCAUGUGAAACUGAAGGCCAGAUGAAUGAAAUUGGGAUCGACCUGAUUAAUGUGGAAGAACAUGCAAAAAGACUUAAAGAACUUGAAAAAGAAAUUGAUUUUAUUGAAUCAACAGAAUGGAUGUAUUGCCCAAUAGACUCAUCUAUUAGAUAAUAUUAAUUCAUUUAACAAUCAUAUUUAUUAUACAUACUAACUUCAUUCUUCUACUAAAAGACAAAGUGUUUUAUACAAAAUUUUAAAUUAAAAAAAAAAAAAGUAGUUUAAUGAAUUUUAA